AUGUCGUCUGAAGCAUUUGUAACAUUAGUAACAAACGAUGGUUAUGCAAUCGGAGCAGUUGUUCUUGCUCAAUCAAUUCGUAUAGUUGGAACAAGUAGAAAUUUAGUUGUUCUUAUAUCAAAUAAUUUAUCUCAUUCAUUAAGAAAAACAUUAGAAAAAAAUUUUGAUGAAGUUAUUCUUGUUGAAGAAUUAAAUUCAAAUGAUAUUGAACAUUUACGUUUAUUAUCACGUCCAGAACUUGGAAUAACAUUUACAAAAAUAAAUUGUUGGCUUUUAGAACAAUAUUCAAAAUGUGUUUUUUUGGAUUCGGAUUGUUUUGUUUUACGUGAAAUAGAUGAUUUAUUUGAAAGAGAAGAAUUUUCUGCUGCACAUGAUGCUGGUUGGCCUGAUUGUUUUAAUUCAGGAGUUUUUGUUUAUCGUCCAUCAAAAGAAACAUUUAGAAAGUUAAUGUUAUUUGCAUCAGAAAAAGAUGCUUCAUUUGAUGGUGGUGAUCAAGGUCUUUUAAAUGAAUUUUUUUCAAAUUGGCGUUCAUCGGAUAUUUCUCGACAUUUACCAUUUAUUUAUAAUGUUACAUCAAAUGCAUUUUAUUCAUAUUUACCAGCAGUUACAAGAUUUCGUAAUGAAAUUCGUCUUAUUCAUUUUGCUGGUAGUUUAAAACCAUGGCAUUUAACAUAUAAUCCACAAAAUGAACAAUUAUCAGGUAAUUUAGAUGGACAAAGUGAUAUACAAAGAGAUUUUCUUUUAUCAUGGUGGAGAAUAAUGUAUCAACGAGUUUGGCCACAAUUAUCAAUCUUUAAUGAGAGUCAUCUAUUAGGUUCAUUUAAUUCAACCAGUUUAUCAAAUAGUGAAAGAUUUGAAGUUGGUUCAAUUGAACAUCUUCGAGCAUGGGCAACUGGUCAUAUUGAAUAUACUGUUCG